UUGGGUUUGGAAGAUAAGACUAGGAGGUUGUAUGACAAGGCAGUAAUCGGAUUACCUGGAUUGUUUGCAAAGAAUGAUGAGCAUUGCCCUUUAAAGAGGUGCAGUGACUUGUUUGGAUUUAUACUCUCUGGAUCACUCUACAAGUUCUUGGAGCCUAUGGUGUUGGAUAUGUGCAAGUGAUACAGCAAUCUGAUAUCUAGUGAUUUUGUGGCUUCUUGAUUGCUGUCUGUGCUCCCGCAGCCCAGAUGUGAUUGUUACCAGCCUUACCGAAGAAGGUGUCACAGUGCGGCUCUUUGUCGCACUCCACCCGAUAGCUUACUCCAAAAGGCAUCUUGGCCCGAGUGUCACAAGAUGGACAGUAGCCACACUCGGGACGAUACCAAUGCACCAAGUUACGACAGCAGCGACGAGUGGGAGAUAGGAUUGGGUAAUCUCAUCAUCGACCUUGAUGCUGAUCUAGAGAAAGAUGGUCACCAUGAAGGUGCUCCUGCGCAUCUGGAUGCCAGCCCCAUGAAGGUCGGCAAGAUGAAGAUCAAACGCAAAGUUAGCAGUAGUGUCACCAAAGGUGAAGGGGUUUCUCCUAUCACCGUUCGUAAGGACUCGAAUGCAAGCACAGGAUCCUCGCCCGCCAUGGACGAUGUAUCUGGUGCUUACGCCUCUCCGGAUCGGUCGGGGAGGACUGAAGACCUGAUUGGAAAGCCAAUGAAGAUUGUCGCAGCACCCUGCACCCAGAGUGGAAGUAGCAAUAGCAGUGGUGCUAAGCGAGAGAUGAAUCCCGGGUUAAAACUUGAUAAGCUCGUCCCGAACCUUGCAAUUAAACCCAUGGCAACCAUGAGCAACACGUUGCAGCUAAAGACUCCCAGUACGAACCUCCUCAACCCCUCUCCUGCUACCACGUCUACACCCCCUCAGAACCCUCCUCCAACCAGACCUAGCACCCUGCACCUACCUGGAGAAGGGAACAGUCAACAGAAGAGCCCUGGUGAGGAGGGGGAAGGAGAGGAGGCUAACAGUAAAAAGACCAAAAUGGAGAAAGACUGUAAGGUGGAUGGUGCGGUCGGGAAGAGGAGUGGAGAGGCCAGCUGUAGUGGAAGGAAACAUGGCGGAAAGAAGGCUAAGGUUGAUAAGCCUUUACGUCAUUCAGUAGCAGUGGAUACAAUGGACAUUGGUGUAGCGACGGAGCCUGAAUCCAUCGGACCAUGUGAACCUGGUACCUCCGUCAACUUAGAGGGCAUAGUUUGGCAUGAGACAGACCAAGGUGUGCUUGUUGUGAAUGUUACGUGGAGAAACAAGACGUAUGUUGGGACUUUGAUGGACUGUACACGACAUGAUUGGGCAGCACCAAGAUUCUGUGAUUCUCCAACAAGUGACAUGGAGAGCAGAGGCAAGGGUAGUGGACGUCCCAAGCGAGGAAGGAACAACAACAGUUCCAGCAAUGACCUCAGCAACUACACAGAAACUAGGUCCUCGAUCCACAGCAAGCUACGCAACUCAACUAAAGGACGACGCGGCAGUAACGCUUCCAACGGCACACGCACCCCUCCUUGCACCUUAGAUAAGAACACCAGCAAGAGAAAGACCAAAGAACCAGAUGUCGAGGAACCCGCGCCGACCAAUAAACGCCAGAAGACAGGUGUCCGACCAAACUCGUCUGCCAGCGAGGAUCGGCAUACUCCAGUACUUAUUGAAUGCCCACAGCCGAACUGUAAUAAAAAGUACAAGCACAAAAACGGCCUCCAUUACCAUCUCUCCCAUGCUCAUCACAAUAACUUAGACAAGGAUGGUAACUGGAGAGAAAGGACAGACUAUGACGAUGACAGCAAGUCAAAUGCUUCUGAUGAUGUGGGUGUGCCUCCUGUUCAGACAAAAGAUAAAAAGAAAGACUUGAAAGACAAGAAAGAAUCUUCUAAGGAGGAAGAGGAAGAGGAAAGGAUGGAGGUUGACAAGGGUGAUGUCAAAGCGAGCGUUACCCCAGAGGAGGAGAAUGCACCAAGUUUGCAACAGGGCGGUUCUCCAGAGGGAAACGUUGACAGCAGUAGUGAGACUACAGGUCAGAAGAAAAGUGAAUCAUCAAAGAGCAAAGAUGGUACAAAGAGUCCAAAGACACACAAAACACAUGUGGACAAGUUUACAGCGGGAAUGAAAUGUUUGGGUAUCCCAAAACCCAAAGAGGCUAAGUCUAGCCCUUCCAAAGCACCAAAGAACGAUGCUAGCGGAGAAAGAACAAGUAAGGGUGCCAAGAAACCUCCUGCAACCAGCUCAGAUAAAGAUUUGUCAAUAUUUGACUUCAAUUCUGCUCCUGAUGAGCAAAUGACAGCCAAUGCCACGCCUGGAAGCACACCUGAAAAACAUGUCAGUGUUAGUGUUAUACGACCCAACCCAGAGCCUACGACUGUCAAGUCAGAACCUGUUAGUCCCAAUACUAUUGCCAAAGCAGCAGCUGCAGCAGCAGAACAUGCCAAAGGACCAAAACAACAUUCAAAUACAACUAGCGACAAUGGGCCCGAGGAUAAGACCUCAAAAAAGACUGAUAAAGACAAAGUUAAAGCUGAUAAGCAUAAGAAAGCGAAGCAUGAGAAGGUGAUGGUGAAGGCAGGAAAGACAAUACGUCCAAUAGCUCCAGCUCCAUCACUGGCCUCUACUUCUAUUCCACCCACGACUCAAGCUCCACCUCCACAACUCAUAGCCAUACCAACUGCUCUUGUUCAAAACCCUGUGACUGUUUCAUGUGUACCCACUGCAAAUACUAUCCAAACAAAACCACAAGCAUCACUUGUUAGUCCCGCCUUGAAACCCAUACAGCCUAAGCCAGCUACUAUGAGUUCAGUACCAUCAAAUGAUGCCAGUGGUAACAUUUUAGCAAUGAAGGACAAAGAUAAGAAAUCCAAACAAAAGAAAAAGGUAAAAGGUGAUAAGGAGAGGGAAAGGGACAAGUUGCCAGGGUCUCCAGUGGACAGUUUGAAAGUUGCAAAGGAGCAGCUAGGUGAGCAGAGGAUUAAGAACAAUCCAUUGUUACCUGCUGUGCCAGAAACAAACAUUCUAAAGCAAGCCUUGACUGCAUCUGGUAUAGUUGAACCUGACAACAGUGAUAAGAACAAAUCAAUUGCUCCUGAUGUGUGGAAACGUGAUGGUAGUAAAAGUGAUGGACCUAUAGACAGAGUUACAAAAGUACUCCCAUCGCCACAGGAUAAACCUGCCAGUACUGCCCCUGUGAGCAAUGUGGCCAUGCCUCAGAUCCCAAAGUUGAUACCUACGAGCAGUGUGACUGUACCAACUAGUAGGCCCAUGAAACAACUUCCUCUGUCCUCCCAACACCCACAGCAUUUAAUGCAACCAAGUCAUCUUCAAAACCCAUCUCAACUUCAGCAACCCCAUCCUCACCAACCCUCUAUGUCCUUGGCUUCAGGGAUGAAGCUGUCAAAGCCAGAAACCACUGGCCAAGAUAGGGCUUCCUCAAACCUUUCUGUGCAUACAUCACUGGCCAAAGAUGGGCCUAGGAACACUCAAUUGUUGUCCCCUCCUAGCGGGAAUAGGACUGGAAACAUAAGUCCUGCUUAUUCAGACAUUUCAGAAGAUGGUGUAGAUGACCAAAAUAAACAGGCAAAACCCUCAGAGACUUUUUCCUUUGAAAGGCCAGACCAUCUGAAGCCUCACUCAGAAUCCUCACAGAGAAUAAAUGAAAGCAGUUUGGGAGGGGAACGUAUGCCAAUGUUUCAUAGUAAUGACAGAACAUCUGCAGAUAGUGUAGGAAGUGCAAGCAUUACACAAGGAAAGCCAACUCAUGAGAGAGACGAGGGGAGGAAAGGUGAUGCCAAAGACCAAAGUACUCCAAGGUCUUCUGUAAACACUUCCCUUCCACCUCCAGUACCUCACAUAUAUUCAGGUGGUCAUUACCCUUAUCUUCAUGGCUAUGUUAACAUGGACCCUUCCUAUCACAUGCGCUUGAUGGCUAGUGAUCCACAGUACAGACAACAGCAGGAGAGAAUUAUGGAAGACCACAGAAAGAGAGCUGAAAAGCAUAGAGGUCAGGAGGGUUCAGAAAAACCUGGUGAAAAUAAGGCUGAAAAUUAUGAAAAGAGGAGACCCAUCAUUAACAUUCAAACAGAACCUAUUACACCACCUCAGGCCCCAAGACAUCCAGACAGUAAAUCAAGAGACAAAGAACUUAUAACAAAGUCAAGACAUAUAGAGUUUUCAAAGAAAGAUGUAAGUUCACCUAGCACUGCAAGGACUCCUGAAAGUGACAAACAAAACAGUGCUAUGUUGCAUGAAAAGAGACACAGGGAAGAAAUGAGGCAGUAUUAUUUGUAUCAGCAGAAGUUAAUGGAACAGCCGCAGCACAGGCAGGCUGAUGAGCCUAGGAAAACUGUAGAACAGGAGAUGCGAAAAAAGGAAGGACAUGAGUUGUCAAAAAAGGACUUGCGUACCCCUGAGCCAGGGGAGAAGAGUAGAACCCCGACCCCUACUCAUAGAAAUGUGAGUACCCCCACCAAAGAAACAUCAGGUCGACUCAGUGCAGACCCGGACAAAAGAGACAGCAAGUCCCCCUCAGGAAAAGGGUCUAAACCUGAUGGUAAGAAGCUCAUAGAUGGGUACCCCUACCUCCAACCCCCUUACCCCUAUGGAACUAUCCCAUAUGACCCAUCCCAUCCAGCCUUCCAAUCUAUGGUGUAUCCAUCAUUCCUUCAUCCAGACCUCCGCUACCCUGCUGCUGGUGCAGGGGUUGGUCCUGCUUGGAAGUCACCCAGUGAUAAGGCUGGCUUUGAGCAGGAACCAGAGCGAAGCUCAUCCUCUCCGCAUAGUCUUUCCUCCAAGGGUGGGAAGUCACCUGACAAUCCAGACCUUCCAGCCCGGGCACUGGACGUCCUUCAGCAACAUGCCAACCAGUAUUUCAGUCCCCCUCAGAAGCACGGCUCCAACUCUCGCCCAAGAACACCCGAGAAAGGACGGACCACCCCGGUGCAGCGGUCCCGAUCGACAUCCCCAGCAGCCAGGAAGACACCUGAAACAUCAUCAACGUCGUCAUCUGUCUCAUCGAGCAGGGAAGAUGGGAAGAGAGCAACAGUACAUCAACACAUGCAUACACAUCAGCACACUCAUGUUGGGGUGCCAGUAGGAGUGACGUAUCCAGUACUGCCUUCAUAUGAUCCAUAUGUUAUGGCCAGUCAGCAAGCAGCAGCAGCUGCAGCAGCCAGUGCCAGUGCAGCAGCUGUUAAUCAAUACUCAAGAAGGGAAAAGUCAUCAUGAGCUGACUAAUGUUGAUGAAGUGAAUGGUUAUAGAAUUGGUGAUCAUCAAGGCUCAAAUAUCAUUCCUGGGGACUGCCCUUUUUUUAGCAAUGAUUGAUGAGUACAAACUUUUACCCAGAUGGGACUGAACAAUGAGAAAUAAACUUAUGGGACUAAGCACCAAACUCAAACACCACUAACAUUCUAUAUGGAACAAGAUAGAGCAGCUGAGAAUACCUUUUCAUUGUUCCUGUGGCCAAGAUGCAGUUCAUUGACACCAGAGUAAAGGAUGAAAUGAAGCACAUCUCAAGCAAAGAAUGUCAUCAGAUAUCACUUGAAAGGUUAUGGUGCAUUUCAGUAGCAGCAUCUGUAAGAACUUGUAAGAACAUCAUUGGGGAGCACUUUACAAGAACAUCAUUGAAGAAUUUGUAAGAACAUCACUGAAGAAUUCAUAAGAACAUCAUUGAACGAAUCAUCCCAAUGCCAAUCUGGCUUUUCCUACUAAUUGCAAUUUGCAACAAUUGUGCCAUUUGGUCUGUCAUUGUUUUUGAGAAAUGUAUGGAGAUGAAAAAUGAUUGAUCAUUUGAAUGUUAUUAUGAGUAUUAAGAUGUUAACAAGAUUGGCUCAUGUAUAGAUUGUACACAGGUAUACAGAUUGUACAAAUGUAGAGAAAGGUUGUGAUUUGUACAGAGAACGGUCAAUGAAGAAUUUUGACGGAUCAUGUUUUAGUGGAGUUUCUUCAUGUUUUACACUUGAUUUACUGCUCUCUACUGCUAUCCUCUAUUCUCCGGACUCUGUCUUUUUUCUGUCCGUCUGUCUCUCUUCUCUCUCACUUUCUCAAUCCUUGUCCUAAUAUGCCUUUAUGUCUCUUGGGGUUGAUCUUUCGGGGGGGGGGGCAAUAGUCUUGCAAUCACAACAGGCAUUCAUUACUCACGUAUUCUGUUGAUUUCGGUUACCCCAAUCAUGCCAUCAGUGUUUCACAGAUACUUCAUUGAGCUGUGUAUAAUUUUAUUAAUGUUUAGUAACGAGCUUUUUUAUUCUUAUAUCAUUUUGAGAUAUCCCUGUUAUCUGAGAAAUGCACAAAAUAUUGUUUGGUUGAAACAAAAACAGAAACAAGGAAACUUAGUGAAAAUAGUAAUGUUCUAGUGUCCUGAGGAUAUGUUCUUGGAAAAAAACAGUUAUACCAAUAAUUUGUUGGCUAAUCUAGGGCCCGUGACACAAAGCUUAACAAUCAUAGUAGAACUUUUUUUUACGAAUGAUUACAUUGACUACAAUGUACAAUAUAUCAUGAAAAUCAAGCGUACAAUUAUAAUAGCUAACCUUUUGUGUUGCAGGACCCUGUUUUAUCAAAUGCAAUGGUUAUCAGUGGUACCACUACCAGGGGUGAUUCACUAACAGCUCAAAACAAUUGUGAGAUAAACUCAAUUCUAUUAGACGUGAUACUUCUGAUGCCUCUAAUAAUUGAUUUCAGCUGUUAGGGGAUUACACCCAGUUGGAUGUAUACAUCAUUGAUCAUUCCGAAUCUUGAAUCCUCAGAUCUUCAUUUACUGUAGCAGUUUCAACCAAUUUUUUUAUUUUUUUUUAUUGUAUUGCAGUUACACACAAAAACAUUCUAAUCGCCUAGGGAAUAUCAAGGUGUAUAUGAUCUGAA